UAAACUGUAAGACAUGUCAUCAAUUUCAUUAGCCAUGUCAUAUUUGUUUUGUGAAACUGAUUAUACAAAGGACAUGUGGCAAAAUCACUUCGCAAAUAUAGUCUAGGGGAUUUCGAUAUACGAAGUCUCUUUUAGCGGUGACAGUCGGUUGUCUCCUUGCUUGUUUUAACCAUUUGUGUGUUGGUGAAUUGUAUAUAGAUGAUAGAUAACUACUUUCCUAUCUUAAAGGCCCAUAUUUUAUAAUUUCAGAGUCCAUUAAAAGUCCAAACAAGCAUAUAAAUUCAUCUUUUUCGGAAAGAGGAAUCCUAUCUUCUCUACACUCUUAAAUCUCUCCACUCCCUGCGUCUCUUCUCGAGAAAGCUCUCCCACCGAUACAAUGGUACAUUUGAGCUCUCCUUUCGAUCUAUCGCGUCAUGUUUUUAUGGAUGAAUUCUAACAAUUAUCGUCUUCCUUGUAUGUUUCAGAUUAUCUCAGAGGAAAACCGCAGAGAGAUCUGCAAGUACCUUUUCGAAGAAGGAGUUUACUUUGCGAAGAAAGAUUUCAAUCUCGCAAAGCAUCCGUUGAUUGAGUCAGUACCCAACCUGCAAGUGAUCAAGCUCAUGCAGUCUUUCAAAUCCAAGGAGUAUGUUAGGGAGACAUUUGCUUGGAUGCAUUAUUACUGGUUUCUCACCAACGAAGGGAUUGAGUUCUUGAGAACUCACCUUAACCUUCCUUCUGAUGUUGUUCUUGCUACCUUGAAGAAGUCUGCCAAGCCUAUUGGUCGUCCUUUUGGUGGCCCACCUGGUGACCGCCCAAGAGGACCUCGCUUUGAAGGAGGAGACCGUCCCAGAUAUGGUGACCGUGAUGGGUAUCGUGCAGGUCCUUGUGGUGGUGAAGGCGAAAAGGGUGGAGCUCCAGCUGAUUACCAGCUAUUUUUCCAAGGAAGUGGCGGCAGGCCUGGUUUUGGCCGUGGUACUGGAGGUUAUGGUGUAGCUGCACCAUCUGGUUCAGGUCUCCCUUGA